AUGGACGAGCAUGCAAAGUAAUCUCAAAAUAGCAAAGAUACCUUAAAAGUCAUCCUAAUCGGUGACUCAGAAGUCGGAAAAUCUACCUUGAUCAAUCGUUUUUGUCUUGGCAGAUAUUCAGAUCUCUAUCUUCCAACAAUUGGAAUAGAAAAGGUAUUGGCUUAGUUAGAAUUCUAUUUCAGCCCUUCAAGAUGGUAGAAGAUGCAUGUUGGAAUUGUGGACUUCAUCAGGUAAUGAGAGAUAUAAAGUGAUUUAUUCUCACUUUUAUAAAGAUGCAAGAGGUAUCAUAAUUGUCUAUGAUAUUACUAAUAGAACAUCUUUUGUAAAUCUAAAAAGAUGGAUCAGGGACGUACAGCUCUAUGCAGGUGCAGAUUCUACUGUGUUUUUAAUUGGAAAUAAAAGCGAUUUGGAAAAUCAAAGAGUUGUGGCGUAUGAGGAGGGAAAAGAAUUCGCAGAUAGCUUUGGAUAUCAUUUUCUAGAGGUCUCAGCAAGGUCGUCUGUAAAUUUAGAAAUGCCGUUUUUGACCUUGACGAGAAUUACGAACUGCAAUCAGAGACAUUCUAUGUCUUUUUAG